CGAUCGUUCUCCUUAUAUCUAGCCUUCGUGUUAAAUAUCAUAAAUUCGCUGCACAGUUCAGCCAGAUCAUGUGAUAUUUUUACCCCCUCCUGCCAUUACAUUCCAUGAUAUUUCACCACGGGAAGGGGUAACAAUAUCGCACGAUCUGGCUGCGCUGAUUAUAAUUCAUUUUCCGUUUUUCACUUUGUCCUGUACUAGCUACUAAGUGCUGAACAUAUUGAAGAUAUCUCAAUAUUUUUUUUCAUUGUGUCCAGAAAUAAUUAAAUCCAUUGCAAGAGAUUCCUCACAAAAUCAUAGAACAUCAAAUUCAGAGAAGUGUUCCAACCAGUGGAGAUUUCAAAAAAACAAAAUGGUUCAAUCAACUUUGUCUUUACCGGUCCAAAAUCUUGUGAAACAAAUAUUCGACAUAAAUAUUAUGAGAGAAAUAUUUAAAGAUUAUGAUUUCGGGCCUCAAGAAAAACAUUACUAUCAAACUAAUUACAUGACAAGUUACUCUACAUCCGAAGACGAAGUUAACAAACUUAAGUAUAAAAUGACGCGAGAGAUACUCGACCGUAACAAUGAUUUUAAUUUGGUCAGCAGAAGAAAUUAUCAAACUCAAAAUUUAUUGGAUGUUUGUUACUCAGAGUUGCAUUCAAAAAUUGACGUUCUCAGCAAAAAUACCGAGAUGUUUGGGUUGAUUCAGACAUAUGUUGCAAACACUCAGUCCCCAUUGCACAGCAAUUAUAAAAUUGACAUCAAUAAUGUUUAUUGUGUACAAAGACACGGUGACGAUGAGAGAUUCGUCGGUGGUAUUGGCAACAAGAAGUUACUGUGGCAUGGGUCUCAGCUGAGUAACAUCGCAACCAUUUUGUCAAGAGGCUUCAAAAUAAAUCCACCGAACACAGAAAAUUCUGGCAAUAUGUUUGGCAAAGGAAUUUAUUUUACCAACACUGUUUCCAAAGCGGCUCGAUACUCCAGGGCUGAUGAUAAACAAUCUCAUGGUAUUAUUUUGCUGUGCACAGUCGCACUGGGCAAUACGAUGGAAUGCUAUGAGGCUUUAAAUACUAUACGCCAAUUACCCCAUGGCAAGCAUUCAAUACAUGGUCGAGGAGACCGGGUUCCAGAUAACAAGUUUACCAAAAUUAUUUCUCCAGAUGUUGAAGUUCCUUGUGGACCAAUUAUUAAAAUUCCUAUUUCAACGGAUCUAAUCCAUGACGAAUUUAUUGUCUACAAUCCUGCGCAGAUUAAAAUUCGUUAUCUUGUAGAUGUUAAGUUCAAAUAUAUUAAUUGAUAAAAAAAAAGACUAAAAAAAUUCAGUAAAAUAUUUUGUGUAAAAAUGAACACAAAUUACGUACUAGAAAUUUUCUAUAUAAAUUUUUUCGAUACUUCAAUAUAAACUAUUAAUUUAAAAUUAUAACCAUUUACUUACGAUUUAAAUCGUAACACAGAUUCUAUUUAAUUUAACCGGUAAUUUCAAAACUAAUUCAUUAUACAUUUAAAUAAUGUAAUUAUUAGGGUUUCUAAUGAGUAAUUUUGUUGUGAAAAUAAUAAUUUUUCAAAAGUUAUAUUAUUUUUUUGAAUUACCGGGUUUUUGAAAUGAACAUUAAGUUUCAUUGUAUUCUUUGAACAAAAUUUGUAUUCUUUUAUUAUUAAACGUUAAUUACUUUCUGAA